UAAGUGAAUCUUUUGAUAAUGAAUGUAGUGAUGGUAAUGAGAAGAGUUUGCUUGCUGGUCCUAGCCAAUCUUAUCAAGAACAUGGGGGUGAUGAAAAUAAUGACAAUGCACAAAGUGAACAAAACGAACAAAGCAAACAAA